CCUUCUGCUCAGAAAUCGUUAUCUUUCCGAACUUGAUCCCUAAAUUCUAAACAAAAUGGAGGACUGGUUUUUAACCGUCAGAUUUUAUUAAAUCGAAAACAACAAUAAAAACGAAUGUCAUUAGGAAUUCCCUGGCAGAUCUCUGGAUUUAAAUCUCCCUUAGUGGAGGGGUUCUGUAAUUGUCAGCGACAACACUACCUCUGUUUAGCAUUUUUAAGUGUACCUAUCAAACCAUGGAAGCGGACCGAAUAUUCACGUAUUUGAUCACUAAUAUAGGUAAAUGACAAAAAAAUCAAUACAGGUGUCUGAACACGUCUUGUCAUCCGGUGAUCGAACUUCAGGGUAUUGGAAUACGAUGGGAGAUCGAUAACGUCACAAUAUCGACCAGAUUUAAGUGGAAUUCAGUACUGUUAUUGUGAUUUGUUUAUUUUGAUAUUCCACCCUCUUCUCUUGGAUAUACUGCAAUCUAAAAACACAAUCAAUUUUUCUUUUUGUCUCAGUUAUUGAUGAACACAGAAGAAUGGAUUUCGUUAAAUUGACGACGUGUUUACAAUGUGGAUAUAUUAGUUCGCAAUUUUAAUCAGAAUUUAGACAAGGAAGCGCUUUAAUUAAGCAAUACAACAUGUCGGUCAUUGGAUCUUCAAUACUCCGUUAUGACGAUGAGCUCAAACGUCGCCUUGAGAAGCUCUCUCGGAUCUACGACUUCUCUACAAUGAAGAUUUUUAUGACGGUGGAAGCAUUAGGGGAGGAUCGAGUGUGCGCGACCUACAAUCCCUCCAGGAGAGACUGCUGGGAGUCCUUCCUAAACCGGAAGGAGGCCUGUCGUUUGGACCUCAACAAACACGAAAAAAUACGAGUGAAGUACCAGGAUUUUCUCCAUAAUGUGUCUCGGGAGGAUCAAGGAAAGCAAUUUCAUGCCUCCAUGAUGUCCCUAUUCUAUAGAAAAGGUGCCGCGGACGCAUUUGGUCAAGUCAAAGAAGCGGACAGUGAUUCCUUUUCUGGAUUCUGUAACCAUCUUUGCCGUUUAUUUGAGAAAAAGAUCUGUAGUUGGUUCGAUGGCUUUGAAGCUGCCGCGGUGAAACUAACGGGUCAUGUGAAGGUGUCGAACUUCGUGCGCGUGCUCAGUGGCCAAGUGGAUGCUCUAUGUCAGCGAGAUGGAUGUAUGUGCGCAGUUGCAGUAAAAGUAACAGGAAUGGACAGCCUUCGACCCCUUGACCUUGCUGAACUGGCAUUCUGUAAAACAUUAAUUGUACAGAAUGGUCUGGCAGAUCCAUUUUCACUGAAAAUGUGUGUAUUGUGUUUACAUUUGACCAAUGAGAAGCCGAUUUUACGGCUUUGGGAGUAUUCACCCACAGAAGAAAUGGAACAGUCUAUUGCUGAGGCUGACAUAGACAAGAUGAUAGACUCCGGGAGGCUGAGCCAGUACCACGAGUUCUGGGUCAACAAUGUCCAUCUUCCUGUACCAGGGUACGUCAGUGAUAAGUCAACCAAAUCAACAUACGGGUCUUCAAGAGGAUGACGUCCACCCAGCAUCAUCUAUAUAGAGGUUGUAGCAUUAAAAAUGAGACGACGUUGAUCAACAGCACGCACUGGUAUUUCAAAUAAUUGUGAUAAACAUGUAUUUAGGCUUGGUAAUUUUAAGAUGUGCAUGCGUAUUUACUUCAUAAAACUGUGUGUUUGUUGAAUUAAUUGUUGAAUUUUGUCAAUGUAUAAAACUAAUUUUCGGUACAUGUACAAGAAAUCUUCAAUAUUUGUUCAUGCGUGUAUAUUAAUAUAGUUUUAAUUUCGUCAAAGGUGCCUGAACUUAUUUGUCAAUGUAUUAAAAUUUUACAGUAAUGUGCAUGAAAUGUAUGCAAAUCUUCAAUAUUUGUUUGCAAAUAUUUUUAAAAUGUUCAUACGCAGUUAU